AUGAAUGAAAUAAACAAAUUAACAGGUAUUUAUCAUGAAGUACAAGAAGGUUCUCUUUGUGCUCAACAUGCAUUGAAUAAUCUAUUACAACGCGAAAUAUUUUCAGCUAUUUCAUUAGCUGAUAUUGCUCGACAACUUGAUGAACAAGAAAGACAUGUAUUAGGACAUGGAUAUGGUGAAUCAGAAAAUAUGGAUGAUACGGGCUUUUUCAGUAUUCAAGUAUUACAAAAAGCAUUAGAAGUAUUUGAAAUUGAAUUAAUUCCUUAUGCAAGUCAACAUCCAAAAGCUCAACAAGCACGUGAUGAUCCUCAGUCAAUUCAAGCUUAUAUAUGUAAUUUACGUGAACAUUGGUUAACUAUUCGAAGAUUUGGUACGCAAUAUUUUGAUUUAAAUUCUAUAUCAAUUGUACCAAAAUUAAUAUCAAAUACAUAUCUUUCAUUAUAUUUAACACAAUUACAACAUAGUGGUUAUUCAAUAUUUAUUGUUCAUGGAAAUUUACCACCAUGUACAGCUGAUGAAAAACUUUUAAAUAAUACAAUUGAUCCAAAUUAUUAUCGUUCAUUAACUGAUCGAGUUAAUGCUAGUAAUAAAGAUAAUAAUAAAAAUUCAAAAACUUCAGCUGGAUCAACAUCAUCAUCAUCAUUUGAUGAAAGAGACAUUCAACGUGCUAUUAAAGCAAGUGUAGAAUUAGAUAAUUCAGAAGAUAAAGCUUUACAAAAAGUUCUUGCACAAUCAUUACGAGAUGCUCAUGGAAUUGAUGAUUCAACAUUUGUAAACAAUCAUGAAGAAGAUACAGAUGCACUUAAUCAAAGAUUACUUGAUCAAGCUAUUGCUGCUAGUUUAAUUAAUGAUACAUCAGUAACACAAAAAGAUAAUACAUCUACUGAAUCAAUACAACCACCACCAUCACCACCACCACCAACAACAACGACAGAACCAAGUGUAGAAGGCAAGAUAAUUUCUCAUGAAAUUAUUAAUUGCUAG